CCCUGGCCUGUGCGCACACGCGAGGAGGCCCAGACUAUAAGCAGUCCUCUCAUUGGGUUUCCGCAGCGACAGAGUCGUGCCCAGCAACUCGCCACUAGACUUUAUGAUGCUGUUGGCCAGCUCCAGGGGGGACAAAAUGCGGCGCGCUUUGAGACUGGUGCGGAAGCCGAUCCUGUCACCUUGGUCUGUAUCUCCGACACACACAACACCACACCGCGCGACCUUCCACCCGGCGACAUCCUCUUGCACGCAGGCGACCUCUCUCAGUUUGGUACCUUCGACGAGAUCCAGGCGCAAUUGACGUGGCUGGCCGCGCAACCGCACCAACACAAGGUCGUCAUCGCGGGCAACCACGAUCUUUUACUGGAUUCAGCCUUUGUCAUUACCCACCCAGACCGUGAGCUAGACCGGCAUGACGGUAAGCGCCGGCCAAAUCUGGAAUGGGGUGAUGUGCGCUAUCUAGAGGACGAUUCGCUGGAUUUGGAGGUCGAGGCCAAAGGUCGUUCAAUCCGUGUGUAUGGCAGCCCUCGGACCCCGCGUUGUGGGAUGUUUGCAUUCCAGUACGAAACAGAUCAGAGCCCGCAGGGGGCAAGACAGAGGCAACACGGCUCCUCAAGCCCAUGGUACGGUACCGUGCCCGAGCGUACAGAUGUUUUGCUUGUGCAUGGACCGCCACUAGGUCAUCGGGACGAUGGAGGGAAGGGCUGCUGGCAAUUGCUAGCCGAGAUAUGGAGAACAAGGCCGAAGGUAGUGGUGUGUGGACACAUUCAUGUCGGAAGAGGGAUGGAGUGGCUUCUAUUUGACAGGGCACAGAAGUGGUAUGAGGAUACUAUGUCUGGACGAGCAGCCUGGGUGUCUGUGGCCGCGUUGGGCAUCUGGGUUGUCUGGUCAUUGGUUGCAAGAGUCUUGGGGCUUGCAAACACAAGGGUUGAUGCCAGAAAGACACUUCUUAUCAAUGCUGCAGUGGUUGGGGAUCGGAAGAAUGGCGAGGUUCGGAAUGCAAUCGUCGUAGAGGUGUAG